AUGUGUGGAAUCGCGGGGCUUUAUCUAAAAAACAAAAAAUCUGUUGAUGAAAAGCUUUUGAAGAGAUUUUCAAAAGCCCUUCUACAUCGGGGACCAGAUGACCAAACCUUUUUUACUCAUCAAGAUGUUGGGCUGACGCAUACAAGAUUGUCUAUCAUCGAUUUAGAAGGGGGUGCUCAGCCGCUAACUAAUGACAAACAGCAAUGGCUUAUUGCGAAUGGAGAAAUUUACAAUCACGUAGAACUUAGAGAACGUUGGGGCAGUCAUUAUCAUUUUCAAACCCAAUCUGAUAGUGAAAUCAUUCUUGCAGCGUAUAAUCUAUCUUCAGAUUUAAAGGAGGCUAUUCAAGAACUGCGUGGGAUGUAUGCUUUUGCAUUAUAUGAUUCUGCUCAAGAAACUUUGAUUCUAAGCCGUGAUCUUUUUGGGAUCAAACCUCUCUAUUAUAUGGAAGAUGAACGUGGCGUAGCAUUCGCGUCCGAGAUCAAAACACUUCUUGAUAAUGGUUGGUGCUCAAGAAAUCCUGAUUUAGACUCUAUCUCGGAAAUUUUGCAACUGCGUUACGGAACGGAAGCUCAAACACCGGUUUCUGGAAUAAAAAGAUUGCAACCCGGGGAAACAUUAGUCGUUCGUAACGGCACCAUCGUGGAUGCCUUUAUUACACAGUCACUUCCGGCAGAUUUUCAGAAACUGAGUCAAGAGGAGGCUUUAGAGCGCUUGAAAUCAUCUUUAAAAGACAGUGUUCAUGUGCAUUUACGUUCAGAUGUUCCUUACGGAUUGUUUCUUUCUGGUGGGCUUGAUUCUGCGACAGUUCUCUCUUUAAUGAGUCGUGAAAGUGCAAAACCUGUUCGGACGUUUACAAUUGGAUUUUCAAAUGGGGAUGUUCAUGAUGCGCGUGUAGCAGCUCGAAAGUUGUCGGCUCAUUUUGGAACAGAGCACGAAGAACUCACCUUUUCGGAAAAUGAUUUUUGGACUCUUUUACCACAGGUUAUUGAAGCGUUAGAUGAUCCAAUUUUUGAUCCUGCAAUGAUGCCUACAUUUAAGAUGGCGAAAAUUGCGGCUCAAGAAUUGAAAGUUGUUUUAUGUGGUGAGGGAGGUGAUGAGCUUCUUGCAGGGUAUCGCCGUUAUCAAAAAGUAAAAUGGCCCCAAUGGAUGGGGGGACGUAUUAUGCGUCAAAAAGGAUUGUUUUCAGGGACUAAAAUUUUUACUUCAUCUUAUGAGAAUAUAUGGCGUUCUCGAUUGUCUGAUUGUGCACAAAAAAUUAAAAGUUCCACGCAUACAAGGCUCCAAUGGGCCCAGGCAAUUGAUAUUGCAACAUGGUUGCCGAACAACCUUUUAACAAAGUUAGAUCGAUGCUUAAUGGCACAUUCACUUGAAGGGCGAACGCCCUUCCUGGAUCCGAUCGUUGCACAAGCCACUUAUGGGUUGCCAGAUCAUUUAAAAGUGAGGCGCCAAUGGGGAAAGUGGAUUUUAAGGCAAUGGAUGGAAGAAGAUCUUCCUUUAGCGGAACCUUUUACAAAAAAAAGGGGAUUUAAUGUACCGGUGGGGCACUGGGUUUUAAAAUACAAAGUGCAGUUGGCGAAUUUGCUUCCUGACCAUGAAGCAUUUGAGGGACUUUGUAAUCGUUCAGAAAUGCAGAAUACCAUUCGCUCUGCAACAAAAGACCAAGGAAUGGGAGUUUGGACUCUCCUUGUUUAUGCCCUUUGGUAUCAAAGGUUUAUACAAGGCCGUCCUUUGGGGGAUAAAGUUUUUGAUAGUUUAAGUGAAGAGGUCCGUGCCCUAGAAGCAAAGGGAGCAGACUGGGUGCAUGUUGAUGUUAUGGAUGGUCACUUUGUUCCUAAUAUUACAAUGGGACCUGCAAUUUUACACUCUUUAAAGUCCCAUACAACGUUGCCUUUAGAUGUCCAUCUGAUGAUUUCUCCUGUAGAUGAUCACUUAGAGUCUUUUGCAAAGGCUGGGGCUCAUUCUAUGACGAUUCAUCCAGAGGCAGGCCCACAUGUUCAUCGUACUCUGCAGACGAUUCGUUCUCUGGGGUGUAAGGCGGGUUUCGCCUUGAACCCAAGCACUUCCAUAGAGAUGCUUCCUUACUUAUUGGAUCAAUUGGACCUUAUUCUUGUGAUGACGGUAAAUCCAGGUUUUGGUGGGCAAAAAUUUAUUGCUUCUCAACUGGAAAAAAUUCGUCAAGUACGUGCUUUGAUCGACCAAUCUUCAAAAGAUAUUUUAUUGGAAGUUGAUGGGGGGAUUACACCAGAAACGGCUAUUAAAGUUCGUGAUGCGGGAGCAGAUAUUCUGGUUGCGGGAACAUCAAUUUUUAAUCACCCGAGUGGGUGUUAUCAAAAAGCGAUGCAAGAGCUUCGUGGUGUUUUGUAA